GCAUUAGGCGUAUGAUGAUUUUGUUGACAUGUCUGCCGCUGGCUUUUAAUGAUUAUUUCUGCGGGUUUUAGUGCUUCACUGAGCGUGUCCCCCCCCCCGCGGUCCGGCCUGAUGGAAAACCCGAGAGACCUGGUGGAGCGUUCGUCCAGGAAGCGCCGCGACUCCUUCGGGAUGCUGGACGGUCUGGAGGAGGACCGGAGCAGCUGCAGCACCGAGUCCAGCGGGGGGAGCGGAGCCUCCAGCCCAGAGGACAGCGAGGACGAAGAGUUAGGAGGAGGAGGAGGAGGAGGGGGAGGAGUGACCCAACUCACCUCCACCUCCUCCUCCUCCUCCCUGACGCUCAUCAAGACUAACGGACAGGUGUACACCUACCCUGAUGGCAAGGCAGGCAUGGCGACUUGUGAGAUGUGUGGGAUGGUGGGUGUCCGAGAUGCUUUCUACAGUAAAACCAAACGUUUCUGCAGCGUCUCGUGCUCCAGAAGUUACUCCUCCAACUCCAAGAAGGCCAGCAUCCUCGCCAGACUGCAGGGGAAGCCUCCCACUAAGAAGGCCAAGGUUCUGCAGAAACAGCCUCUGAUGAGCAAACUAGCUGCCUACGCUCAGCACCAGGCCAACCAGCAGAGUGCCGUCAGGAAGAGCGUAACCGUGGAGGUGUUUGACUGGGGUCGUUACCUUGGAGACGGAGAUGUGAUGGGAGCGCCGGUCAGCUGUUUCAAACAUGUCCCGAUGGGGAAGUCGUGGGGCGACAUCAGUGAAGGCGUCCGGGUGGAAGUCCCGAACACCGACAGCAGCCUGCCCGUGAAGGUGUACUGGAUCGCUGGCAUCAUCAAACUGGCCGGUUUUAAGGCCUUGCUGCGGUACGAGGGUUUCGACAGCGACUCCACCAGAGAUUUCUGGUUGAACCUGUGUGUGCCGGACAUCCACCCGGUCGGCUGGUGUGCUGCUGGAGGAAAACCUCUGGUCCCCCCUCAGACCAUCCUAGUACUCACAGAAGACCUUUCCGAACGUCUCAACAAUGGAUCCCGCAAGAACGACGACGAUUUGUCGCUGAAGCAAACUCUGCUUCACUGA